AUGCAUUCUCUUCCACAAGAAAUCCUAGAUGCGAUUGUAGACUGGACUCGAUCCAAAGCAGAUCUUGAAUCGCUAUCCUUGACUCACAGUUCUUUUCUUUUUCGAACUCGCUGGCAUCUCUUCUCCACCCUUAGUCUUGGAUACGGGAAAACAUAUGGCACAUCCCUUAACUAUGGUAAAUCAACGGUUGUAGACCGAAGUCAUGUUCAACAUGAUUCCCUAUCCGCUUACCUAGCCAACUUCCGAUCCUGCAUAGCUCGAAACCAGAUGAUAGUCUCUUCGGUGCAUACGUUGUCUUUUUUCCUCGUCUCGGGUUCUGACCAUAGUUAUGAUAUGGAUGAAAUACCGGAAAAUUUGCCUUUCACAAACCUCCUCACGCUGCAGGCGCGCAUCGCGCACUUGUAUCACGAUGUCAUCGAGGCUCGGACAAUACAGAAAUGGCGUCUUCCGCGAAUCGCAGGUCUGAUCCAAAACAAUCCCUGCUUGGAACAUCUCGCUAUCGAUACAUGCAAUCUUGAAGUACCUUCCUGGAAUGUGCUUUUUUCGCACAUCUCUGGACUGAAGCAGCUACAUACGCUUGUUCUGUGUGAUGCUGUGAUUGCCACUCAGGACCCCGAUUUUUUAGACGAAGGAGCACUCUCGAUUGAUAGUCAUCUUCGAGAGUCACAAACUAUAAUCCCGAGUUUAAAAAGACUAUAUCUCGAAGGCACAGAACCUGAGCUCGAACGUGGGGUCAUAUCCACCUCACGAUACUUUUCUAUCCUCCAUUUGGACUCCCUUGCACUACGGUGCCAUCGAUCGCUCCGACACAUGUGGGGACAUAGAGCUAUUCUCGCCAACUGUGCCCUUUCUAUAACAAGUCUUACGAUCAGUUCCACUGACUAUCUUGCAUCUCAAUUGCCAGCAUUUCCUUUGCCUUCUCUCUCCCAAAACAUCUUGCGAGGCCUUAUAUUUCCACGUUUAACUCAUUUUCAGUUUGAAUGCAAGCAUGAACAUACCUUUCUAUUAGGGGACAUUAUGAAUUGGUUGACGGAAGACAAUGUACCAUCAUUACACCAUCUUCACCUCACAGCUCAUUCCUUUCCUGUUGCUGCUUGUCCGUCAAUAGAUCAUCAACUUUAUCGACUGUUACCUUCAAUUUCUUCACUACAGUUUAUCACAGCGGAUAUCACCAUCUCCGAGUACGGAUUUACUUCUCAGGAGGGCACAAAAUGUCUCGAAACUAAUUUCCCCGAAACCUUUGGAACCGGUAUUCUCAAACACAGACAGAUGUUGGAAUGGUGGCAGAUAUAA